CCGCUGCCCGGUUUUCAUUUUUAUAUGUAACCGUCUGGUCUCCCGGUACCUGUUCUCUUUUCUUCUUCACUGCUCUGCUUGUCGACAGUCGCGCUCCUCGACCUCCCCUUCUCAGGAAACCGACUCGACUCGGGAGUAGCCAACCUCCUUCCUAUUCCGUUUGCAUCUACAACCCCACCCCACCUAAUAUUUCUCUCUACCCCCUCACAAUGAACGACAUCGCCGAGUAUCCCGGCUACAACUCCAAGCCCAUGGACAGCGAGAAGGGUGAGAAGUUCGCCGGCCUCCCUCAGUAUGAGGGUGUCGCUGAGGGCGAGAUGAAGAUGACCGAUGAGGAGCGCAACGUCUACGAGCAUGGUGUGCAGAAGUUCAACCGUCUCGGCUGGAAACGCCUGACGAUUGUCCUCAUCGUGGAGGCCAUUGCGCUGGGUAGUCUGUCCAUUCCAUCCUCCUUCGCCACCCUCGGUAUGGUCGCCGGUAUCAUCUGUACCAUCGGUCUCGGUCUCGUCGCCAUCUACACCAGUCACGUUAUUGGUCAGGUCAAACUGAAGUUCCCUCACAUCGCCCACUACCCCGACGCCGGUCGCCUGCUCUUCGGUCGAUUUGGCUACAUCCUCGUGUACAUCAUGCUGGGUCUCGAACUUACCUUCCUGACCGGUUCGCACGCCCUCACCGGUACGAUCGCGUUCACCACCAUCACCGAGAGUGGAGUCUGCUCGGUCGUGUUUGCCGUCGUUUCCGCCAUCAUUCUCCUGCUCCUUGCCGUUCCGCCUAGUUUCACGGAGAUGGCCGUCCUGGGUUACAUCGAUUUUGCCUCGAUCAUCAUCGCUAUCGGCAUCACCAUCAUCGGCACCGGUAUCGACAGCACGAACGCUCCCGGUGGUCUGGCGGCCGUGAACUGGUCCGCAUGGCCCAAGGAAGGUAUCACCUUCACCGACGCCUUCAUCGCUCUCUCCAACAUCAUUUUCGCCUACAGCUUCGCGCUCUGCCAGUUCUCCUUCAUGGACGAGAUGCACACGCCUGCCGACUACGUCAAGUCCAUCUGGGCCCUGGGUGCCACCGAAAUCGUCAUCUACACUCUGACCGGAUCUCUCAUCUACGCCUUCGUCGGCCAGGACGUCGGCAGCCCUGCUCUGCUGUCCGCCGGCCACACCCUCAGCAAGGUCGCUUUCGGCCUCGCUCUCCCCGUCAUUUUCAUUUCCGGAUCCAUCAACACCGUGGUCUGCGCUCGUAUGAUCCACGGCAAGAUCUACGAGAACUCGCCCAUCCGAUUCAUUAACACCAAGAUGGGCUGGAUGACGUGGCUGAUUGCCAUCACCAUCAUCACCGUGAUCGCCUUCAUCAUCGCCGAAGUCAUCCCCUUCUUCUCCGACCUGCUCUCCAUCUGCUCGUCCCUGUUCGUCUCUGGCUUCACCUACUACUUCCCCGCGAUCAUGUGGUUCAAGCUCAUCCGCGAGGGUUCGUGGACUUCGCCUAAGAACAUCGUUCUCGGCCUAAUGAACCUUCUCUCGCUGGCUAUUGGCCUCAUCACGCUGGUUGGAGGUACCUAUGCCAGUAUUGACGAUAUUAUUAACAACUACAACGCUGGCACUGUCCGCGGUGUUUUUACCUGCGCCAACCCCACAUAAUGGCAUUGCAUUCACGGUGUUUGAGCUUUUAAUGGUUACGAUAUGUUGGGAUCGGGUGUGGUUUGAGACUUUCCCCGUCCCAUGAUGAUUUGAUUUUCCGCGUGUAGAUAGAGCUUUCAGAUUCAGCGACAUUGUAUAGAUCAAUUGAUGCGAACAUUUAUUUAUUAUCG